AUGCUUCACACAAGUAACGGAGAUUUUACUGUAAACAACAAUUUAUAUAGGAAGAGAUACACACUUUACCGCUCCAGCACCGAUCACAGUGAACUUCACCUGGUUUGUUCUGUGAGUAAUGGUCGUAGCUAUUCCCGUGCUGAGUGGGCCUGGACACCUCAUCCCCUUCAACAGUGGAAAUUAAUAGCAUCUGCAGAACGUUCUCAGCCCAUCAUCAUCAAUGUCAAUGGGACCAACUUCGUGAAUCGACUGGUGACCUCAGGGAAACUCUUCGAUGGCAAGGAUUUCAAUGUGAGGAUUGUCCCCGUUGUGUUUCAAGAUGCCGGAGUUUACGCCUGUUUUCUGGAAUCAAAUCUAUUUCCCACCAUUGAUCUAAUCACAGUGAAAGUCACAGCUGAACCGUCUGAUGCAGUGACUGAGGGAGACAACGUUACCCUGACCUGCUCUGUGUCUCACAUCAUUGGGUCAAUGAGACUGGUUUGGAGCAAUGGCGAUGGCAAACGUGUUGGAGAAAAGGCACUGACUGGGGAAGAGAAAUCACCGAGUCUGGUUAUUCAGAAAGCUGAGAGAGGCAGAGGGAACUGGAGAUGUGUUUUGUUUGAUCAAGACCUGCCCCGGCUUUUUGUCCCAAACUAUCAGGACCCCAGUAGGAAUUACACUUUCAUUAUCAGAUCUGUUGUAAUUAUCGGAGGCCUGGCUCUUCUCCUCGUCAUUGUACUGGCAGUGGUGUGGUGUCAAAGAAGGCACAAGCCUACAGAGGGGAGAAAAUUAUUUCUGGACUUGUACAACUGCGUCCAGAACAACCCCCUUACUGACUCGUUGACCGGUCUGGUUUUCGUGGGGUGUGGGAGGUUUUCUGCACCUCCACCAUCUCGACCUUCUUUUGCGGCCUUGGACUGUGGAGCUGACGACGAAGCCUCCUUUCUCUCGGCAAGACCGAGAGAGAUAAGAGGCUUCCAACAACAAGACUGCAGGCAAGUCCCCUUUUGUUGCUGUAGGAGCGGCGAAGAACAGCUGGGAUUGCCUGCGAAGGUCAGCAGCUCGCCAGGGAACGCAGGAGAGCCGAGAGUUUCCAGCGAAGAGGUGGUGACGCAGCAGUUUUCCGGGGGAGCUGCCAUUAUCAGCGUUUGA